AUGGACAACAAAGGUUCAUCACAGAAAGCAGGGUCACUCCUGCUCCUGCUGUUGCUGGUGUCAAAUCUGCUCUUGUGCAAGAACGUGGCCUCCCUUCCCAUCUGUCCCAGCGGGGCUGUCAACUGCCAGGUGUCCCUUCGAGACCUGUUUGACCGCGCAGUCAUCCUGUCCGACUACAUCCAUAACCUCUCCUCGGAAAUGUUCAACGAAUUUGAUAAACGGUACGCCCAGGGCAGAGGGUUCAUUACCAAGGCUAUCAACAGCUGCCACACUUCCUCCCUCUCCACCCCUGAAGACAAAGAACAAGCCCAACAGGUCCAUCAUGAAGUCCUUCUGAGCAUGAUCCUUGGAGUGCUGCGCUCCUGGAAUGACCCUCUGUACCACCUGGUCACUGAGGUGCGGGGUAUGCAAGAAGCCCCAGAUGCUAUCCUGUCAAGAGCCAUAGAGAUUGAGGAACAGAACAAACGACUUCUAGAAGGCAUGGAGAAGAUAGUUGGCCAGGUUCAUCCUGGAGUCAAGGAGAAUGAGGUCUACUCCGUGUGGUCGGGACUUCCAUCCCUGCAGAUGGCCGAUGAAGAUACACGCCUUUUUGCUUUUUAUAACCUGCUCCACUGCCUACGCAGAGAUUCACAUAAGAUUGACAGUUAUCUCAAGCUCCUGAAGUGCCGAAUCAUCUACGACAGCAACUGCUAA